ACCCGGGCAGCUCUGAAGCUCCUCCCCCUGUGACAGUCCCGUGAACCCGCAGAAACAGGGGGCCGACAGACCGACAGGAAAGUAAUCUUUAGAGUUCAUAACGAGGAUAUAAAGGUCUUAAACAUCCACGGAACCCACGCAGAGAGUCGGACUAGGACUGUGGAUCAGGGGGCAAGGUGGAUUCAGAUCUCUAGGCUUCUUGUGGAUCAGAACCAACCAUGGUUCAGGAAUACCAGUCCCCAGUCCGGGUCUACAAGCACCCCUUUGAGCUGAUAAUGGCGGCCUACAUGAGGAGGUUCCCAAAGUGUCCCCUGAUCCCCGUGUUCGUGGACAGUGAGAUCAUCAAGGAGAACCAAAGCCAGGACGGAUCCACGCUGGUGACUGAGCGGCGCUGUGUCAUUGACAUCGAGGCCCCGCGGCUGCUGAAGAGGAUCGCCGGAGUGGACUACCUUUACUUCAUCCAAAAGAACACUCUGAAUCGCAGAGACAGGACGCUCCACAUCGAGGUCCACAACGAGACCUUCUCCAACAGAGUCAUCGUACGAGAGAGCUGCAACUACACGGUCCAUCCGGAGAACGAGGACUGGACGUGCUUCGAACAAACAGCCAGUCUGGACAUUAAGUCCUUCUUUGGCUUUGAGAGCUCAGCAGAGAAGAUCGCUAUGAAACAAUACGCCAGCAGCAUUAAAAAGGGUAAAGAAAUAAUCGAGUACUACCUCACAGAGCUGGAGGAGGAAGGAGUAACGUACAUGCCUCGGUGGAGCCCUCCUGUCGUCUCUGGAGCUUCCCGGCUCCAGACGCUCUCUGCAGCCCGAUCCAUCCCAGGAAGAGGAGCUAACAACGGGCAGGACAGCAAAGACCCGGCCGGCCCCUCAGAGCUGCCGCCUGGCUCUCCUGACGACAAGUUGGACGCUGAUUACAUCAGACGUUACCUUGGUGAUCUAACGCUCAUGCAGGAGAGCUGUCUGAUUCGACUGCGCCAGUGGCUCCAAGAAAACCACAAGGGCAAGAUUCCCAAAGAUCAACACGUGCUGCGCUUCCUGAGGGCCCGAGACUUCAACCUGGACAAGGCCCGGGAGCUGCUGUGUCAGUCACUCACCUGGAGGAAGCAGCACCAGGUGGACUUCCUGUUAGACACGUGGGAGCGCCCGCAGCUAAUGCAGGACUACUACACCGGAGGCUGGCAUCACCACGACAGAGACGGCCGUCCUCUGUAUGUCCUGCGUCUGGGACAGAUGGACACUAAAGGUUUGGUGCGAGCUCUUGGAGAGGAGGUUCUGCUGAGACAGGUCCUGUCGCUCAACGAGGAGGGUCUGAGACGCUGUGAAGAGAACACCCGAGUCUUCGGUCGACCCAUCAGCUGCUGGACCUGCUUGGUGGAUCUGGAGGGUCUGAACAUGCGUCACCUGUGGAGACCAGGUGUUAAAGCUCUGCUGAGAAUCAUCGAGGUGGUGGAGGCGAACUACCCUGAGACUCUGGGCCGCCUGCUCAUCCUGAGGGCGCCCAGAGUCUUCCCGGUGCUCUGGACUCUGGUCAGUCCUCUGAUCGAUGAGAACACCCGGAAGAAGUUUCUUGUGUAUGCUGGAAACGACUACCAGGGUCCAGGAGGACUGAUCGACUACAUCGACAGAGAAAUCAUCCCCGAGUUCUUGGGAGGGGACUGCAUGUGUGACAUCCCAGAAGGAGGUUUGGUCCCUAAGUCUCUGUACAGGACGGCCGAGGAGCUGGAGAGUGAAGAGAACCGGCUGCUGACUGACUCUGUCUAUAAGAGCGCCAGUAUUUUCAAAGGAGCGCCGUACGAGAUGCUGAUCGAGAUCACAGAGGCCUCCUCCGUCAUCACCUGGGACUUUGACGUGUCCAAAGGAGACGUGAUCUUCAACAUAUACCACUCCAAGAGGACCCCGCAGCCUCCCAAGAGGGACGCUCUGGGAACACAUGGCAUCCCGUCCCUCGGGGCGGUUAACGCCCAGCUGAUCGACAGGAGCUGGGUCCUGGGUCAGGACUACAGCAUGGUGGAGAAGGCCCUCGUGUGCAGGGAGGGAGAGAGUGUGCAGGGUUCCCACGUGACGCGCUGGCCCGGCUUCUUCAUCCUCCAGUGGCGUUUCCACAGCUCCCCAGCGUGCUCCGCCUCCAGCCUGCCUCGCGUGGACGAUGUUCUGGCCUCGCUGCAGGUCUCCUCCCACAAGUGUAAGAUCAUGUACUACACCGAGGUGCUGGCGUCCCACGACUUCAGGGGAUCCAUGAGCAGCCUGGAGUCGAGUCAUAGCGGUUUCUCUCUGCUGAGUGCGGCCACCACUUCCUCUAGCCAAUCACAAGCCGGCUCCAUCAUCUCAAGGUAGUCUCCGUCCAUCAGACUGACACCUUCCUGCCGGCGUGCCUUCACCCCCUCAAAAGAAGAACGUUUAACUCAAACACUAAAAUAAAGAUGAGGAGGACGAUGGAGCACAUUUGUAUAUUGUUAUUUUUGCUGACCUCAGAUUAUAAUGUUUGUAAAAAUAUCACUUUUUCUUGUGCAUACUUCAUGACUGACACUUUUGUAUUUAAUCAGUAGCAGAGGAGGACUAAUGUUAAAUGUAUAACUGAUUUAUAGUUGAAACAUAUAUUUGUGAUCAUGACUGCUCGUAAGUAUCAGACGGAUCAGAGUGAAGGAGAUGUUUGAAGCAAGUCAGACUGAAAGAGACAAAGUUAAUAAACUGUCUGCAGUGAACACAACACGACUCUGUAGUUGCUCUCGUUGUCCACUAGGUGUCAGUACACUCUGUGAAUGUAUUAUAUGUUGUACCUCACUCACUCAGUCUGAGCUUCAGUGAAAUCAAAUGAUUGUUUUAAUAAAGAUUUUAUCACAAACAUGAAA